GUGUGUGUGGUCGGAAGAUCUUGUAAUGUGUGUGCAAAAUGCAACGCGUGUUGCAUCUUGAUAACCCCACGUAUGUUACAUUACGAUAACCCAUUGGCUGGAACCAAACAAACAAUUUUAUCGGUACAGCUCAACCGCACUAAUUAAAUAGUCGUCGCUGUAUUUUGUCCCUCAGUAUCGUCGAGACGAUUGCUGGUUAUUUGAAGCAAUCAAUGUGAUUAGCCGUCCCCGCUCAAGAGUAUCCGCUUCACUUCAGCUCAUUCCCAUUUGACUACUCGUCGUUAGCUUUAGUUCUACUCGGUUUAUCUGCGACGAUCCAUCGUAUCGCUAACAAUCCGACUUUCGGCUGUUCAGCUUGCAACUGGUCUCGAACGUAUACUGGUAUACAUACAUUCUCCAAACAAUGACGACGCAGGCAUGCAAAAAUGUGAAAGUUGAAAAAGUGACAGAUACUUACGGCCUUUCCGAAGGUCCUCAUUGGGACCAUCAUACUCAAAAGUUGUAUUUUGUUGAUAUAUACAAUCAGUAUAUACGCAGGCUAGAUCCCGCAACAGGUGUUGUGACCAGUGCAUACAUAGAUCAUGGAACUGUAGGAGUUGUUGUACCUGUGGAUGACACUGUUGACAAACUUAUAGCAGGUUCAGAAAGAGAUGUUAUUCUCAUUACGUGGGAUGGAGACAGCAAUAAAUCUAAGGUACCAGUCGAAGUGUUGUGUUCACUCGACUCUCCUCAGUCUGAAACAAGAAUUAAUGAUGGAAAAGUGGACUCAGCAGGAAGAUUUUGGCUUGGUACUAUGGCAAAUGAAGUUAAUGGAGUGGUAGCUCCCAAUCAAGGAACGUUAUAUCGUGUUGAUAAUGAUUUUAAGCCUAAUAAAGAAAUAUCGCCUGUUUCAAUAAGUAAUGGAUUGGCAUGGAACAUUGAAGACAAUAUUAUGUAUUAUAUUGAUUCAGUUACUCGUCAAGUUGCAGCAUAUGAUUACAAUCCGAAUAAUGGAACAAUAUCUAAUAAGAGAAUUGUAUUUGAUCUCAAUAAGACUGAUUUGAAAGGAUUACCCGAUGGAAUGACUAUAGAUGCAAAUGGCAAUCUUUGGAUAGCAUUAUUUGGUGGAUCUCGUGUUAUUCACGUGGACCCGAAAACAGGAAAAGUAUUAUGCAAAGUUGAGCUUCCGGUUGAAAACGUAACCAGUGUCACAUUCGGCGGUCCGCUUCUGGAUACUUUGUACGUGACCACAUCUGGCUACAAUAUAACUGUAGAGCAACGAAAAGCAUCUCCUCACGCUGGUGCUUUAUUCGCGGUGACAGGCCUAGGAGUUCAUGGAGUUCUUGCAAAUUCAUUUAUGAUGGUGAAUUAAAAUAGUAGGAAUUAUUAAUCAAGAAAUAGAUAUCUUGAUACUUCUUGUGAAAAUGUAUAUAUUACUAAAUAAUAAAAAUAAGAAAAUUAAAAUUUUAAAAAGUUUGAGAUUAGCAAAAAUUUAUAUAUUUUUCUUUUUAUAUAACGCGUCAUGUCAUUAAGUCGCGGUUUGCGGUACAAUUUUGCAUAAGCGUAGCACAACAAAUAUAGCACAGUUAAAAAGAAUACAAAAUUUAUUAAGUCCGGUGGCAAUGUCACUCGCAUCAUCAAUUAUGUAUACCAUCUGUGUCAAACAAUGAGUCCCUGCCUAUCUACUUACCUUUCUGAAUACUUCCCAUUAUUUGCUAAAUAUUUCUUUCUAUAAUUUAAAAACUAUGCUUCGUAUAAAAUUUUCGCAAAACGAACAUUGUCUUAGAAUUAAAUGUUAUACAGGAAU